AUGUCUUAGCAUCAUAAUAGUUCAGUCUCCUCAGCAUAUCAAAAUUCAGAGCAAGCUCGCAAACUUGAUGAGCAAUUCGUACUUUACAUGCUUGAGAUAGAAAAUAGAUAUCGGCUAAUGUCAAAGCAUGAUCGUAUCAGAGUGGAGUAAUGGUCAAAGGCAUUAUGUCAAGUCACCAAUAACAUCGUCUGGAAGAAAAAUAGAAAUUUAUAUACUAUGAUGCUACUUGACUAAAUAUUGGGUUAAAAGCUUGAAAAGCCUUUCUAGUCCUAACCACCUGAUGGGGGAUUGCCUCUACUUUCUAAGACUUAAGUGCAAUCAGGAUUGUCAAAUAGAAUUAAAGAAUUAAAGCUAGAAACUGAUCAAAAUAAUAUAAAAUAAAGAUUGCAGUCUGACGAAUCAUAAGUAACUUCAAACAACAGAAAUAAUCAACAUUUUCAGACUACAACUGGAUCAAACAGCUCAAGUAAUAUUUCUUUGGACAUGCCAAGAUAGAAUACACAAUAAAUGUACAGAACUCACUCAUAAUAAUAAUUCAAUCAUAAUAGCUCAGUCAUUUCUAGACAGAGUUCAUAAGGUCCCUCGAACACCAUUAAGACUUAAAGGGGUAAACCUCUAAAUAAUGAGCUACCUAGAAUGAACACUUAGACUCAACCUAAUCUUCCGCCAAAUCCAAGAUAGCAGUAAAUCAGCAGAGUAAAUAGCAAUUCUAAAAUUCACAAUUACUAAUCAUAAUAAAAUGAUAGCAAUCUAAGUAGUGACUAAUUUGAUGAUGAUAUUGACGAUCUUCUACAAUCUUAGUAAAGGCAAUAAGAACUAAAGUAAUUAGAGUAUUAAAAGAUCUCUAAAUAUUUAUCAGAGAUAGCAUAAUUAAAGACCUAAGUAGAAGUAUUGAAUAUCUAAGUUACUCAUUUGAAGGAAGAGGUGCAAACCAAAGAUAGCACAAUUCAGGAUCAGAACAUCCAGAUUGAAGAACUUAGCAUGUAACUCUAAAAUAUGAAAUAGCAAGUUCAAUUCUAUUAGUAGAAGCCAAGUUCAAACUUGAAUACUCAAAGAAUUCACUCAAAACACUUGAUUCAUGAAAAUAUUAACUCUUAAAAUUUUUCCUCGUAUAAGUAAACACCUUCUUAAAAUUCUAAAACGCCUAUGAAUGUCUCAUAUUAAAGAACGAACAGUUGUAGUGAUAUUGACUCAUAGCUAUAUCUAGAUGGUCCAUAAAGUCCACCUUCUAUGAAUCAGAAGAAAACAGGAUAGAUCUAAAUAUCAAAUAACUUAAUGGAAUACUUGCCUUAAAACUAGUAAAAACUUUAGCCAAUUAAUUAAAAAAAUUUGAUCCAGCAAAAUGAAGCUUAGUAUAGAGAGUAAAUGAUAUCAAGUCCUUCAUAGUUAAUAGUAGAUGAUCUAAUGAAUUCAUAAUAGAAUUAGUUUACAAUUAGAGGAUUUUAGAAUACUGUAGAUAAAUUUUACACUGAGGAUGAAGAAUUAUAGGAAAAUGAUGCUCAAUUCUUUAGUAAUUAAAAGAACCUAAAUGAGCAUCAUAAGCUUCUGAACCUUAUAGAUAAAAAUUAGAGUCAACCUUAACCUACUGCUCAAUAACCAUUACCAUAAAAAUAAACCUUUAAUGAUGAGCCAGAACUGGAAUCCUCUUUUUUAAGUAAAUUGAGAAAAGGUGAUACAUCGUUCGAUCAACUAUAUGAUGAUUUAAUUUGA